AUGUCAACCACUCAGUAUGAGUUAUUGAACAUAGAGACGUAUGUUCUUAGAGUCCACAUGAACUGUCAAGGGUGCAUGAACAAAGUCAGGAAAGUACUCUCUAAAAUCAAAGGUGUCUACACGGUAGAGAUUAAUGCAGAACAACAGACAGUAUCUGUCACAGGAAAUGUCAAUCUUUCUACUUUGGUCCGAAAGUUGACCAAAUUUAGGAAACAUGUAGAGAUAUUGGAUGCAGGUUACAACCAAGAGCAAGUGAACGAAAAUAACAUGAACCAAGCUCAACAUAUAAUUAAUGACCACAGUGCCUAUGAAAACCAAUAUCUGAUUCCCAAGUUUGGCAGGGAUCAAUCGGAAGCUGAAUGGUAUCUUAAUAAGAAUAACGGUACCAGAGAUGUGGAAAGGGCGAUGAUCAAUCAACAUUUCGCGGAACCAUUGUUUAUGGAUCAUGUCAACAAUAUUACCAACCAAGGUUUCAGUAGAGUGAAUGAAAAUCCCACAUCAGAGAGCAUGAAUUUUCAACAGUAUAAUCCUUAUCAUUCUCACUUAGGAAGUCAAGAAUGGGCAUGGAAUCACCUUGCAGCACCUAUUGGUGUGUAUGAUCAACAAUUAUUUCCAAUCGCCAACAGUUAUCAUCCUUCAAAAGCAAUUCAGCAAAGCUACCACAAUCAUUUACCCUAUGAAAUUAAUUUCUAUUAG